CAGGACUCAGCGGAACUCAACGUUACAUACACGCACUGGGUUUCCCGUCCGAACCCACCUAGCCAUGGCACGAAGGAAGCGACAAUUCCUCGACGACGACGAUGACUCUUCUCCUGUCUCUGACGUGGACGACUAUAACGACCCGAACUACGAUGUGAACGACCCAAAUGCGCGUGAAGAGCGCGAGCUGUUCCAGGACCCGUACCAGCGCAAACGACGGCGAAAGAACGGAAAGGAGGACGCAAUCUACGGCGUGUUUGCUGACGAAGAUGAGGAUGAGGGCACUGGCGGGCGCAGUCGAGGGAAACCCGAGAAGCGGAGGGACUGGACGAAGGCUCCGGCCUUUGUGUCGGGGGAGAAGGUAGACAUGGACAAGGUGACAGAUGGGGAUAUAGAAAUGAAGGAUGCGGAGGCUGAUAAUGAAGACGGGGGCUCAAGCGACUCGGGCGAGGAGCAAGCGGACGACUCCGUGCAGACGGACGACUCUGGACCCUCCAAACCACCUUCUCCCAGAGUACAUGAGGAAGAAGAGGAAGAAGAGGAGGCGCGGCCCCGCUUUGGAGGCAUCGGCAUUGGCGCAUCGAAGACUCAGCCAAAGAGCGCAUUCUCUGGCUUCAGCAAAGGGGACCUUGGAUUCAGCAAGGGAGGUAUCGGUUCGUCGGAGCGCACCUCGACACCACCUGCGGAGGCAGAACCCUCGCCUUUGCCAACGACUUCCGAAGACCUACCGUCCGCAUUCGGGGGUGCUCGCACUCAACGCUCCUUCCUCCGCGAUGGCAGGAGCAGGUCAGGCACGCCAAAUCUUGCACCUAGCCUCAGCUCCGCCGAGCGACAACACUUCAGCAAGAUUGGGGGCUCCUUCGGUGCACGGAUGCUCGAGAAGAUGGGCUGGCAGGCGGGUACCGGUCUGGGUACCACAGGCGAAGGUAUUGUCACUCCAGUCGAGAGCAAGCUCCGGCCCAAAGGCAUGGGUCUCGCUUUCAAGGGCUUCACAGAGAAGACGGCGCAAUCGAAGGCAGAGGCGCGACGCCGCGGAGAAGUUGUGAGCGACGAUGAGGACAAGCCUGCUGCGAAGCUCGGCCGCAAGGCUGCGAAGGCACACGAGGAGAGGGCGCAGGCCUGGAAGAAACCUCGCAAGGCGAAGACACGCAUCGAGCACAAGACGUACGAGGAGAUCGUCGCAGAGGCCGGGCAGGAAGCCCAGCCUGCUGGUCUUGGACAGAUAAUCGACGCUACUGGUGCUACUAUGAGAGAGGUGUCUUCCCUUGCGGACGUAUCAAUGGCGUCGUGGACACCUACCGCGGAUCCUAUGCGCCUCCCUGAGGUUCGACACAAUCUGCGUCUCAUCACCGAAGCAUGCAAGGGUGACUUGGAUGGACUUGCGCGUGAAGCCAAAGCGCUAGAGGAGCGCAAGAAGUGGGUGCAGGCAGAGGAUGCCCGACUGCGGAAGAAAGUGGAAGAGGAAGCGGAGCUGAUCGCUCGCCUGCAACAAGUCAACCUGGUUGUAGACGACAUCAACUCACAGGCGAGAGAGCUGGCAUCGACGUACGAGCCUUCGCUCGAGACCUUCUCCGCCAAUUUUGAGAAACUCCUCGGACAGUACGCAACAGAGUUCGAUAGAUACCGGCUGGACGAAGUUAUCGUUGCCGCUAUUGCUCCGAUCGUACGACGUAUGUUGGCGCAGUGGCAUCCACUGCAGGACCCUGCCACUUUCACACCACUGUUCCGGUUAUGGAGAAACGCGCUCAAGAUGGCGCCACCGGAUGAGAAGCCACAAGACCAAGUAUCGGUCUACGGAACUAGCACGGUCAUCUCGACCGCGCCAGUAGUCGAGAAGCCAAUGACGCCCUACGAGAGUCUCUUGUGGAAUGCGUGGUUGCCGAAGGUACGGUCCUCCAUCAACAACGAGUGGUCCCCAGACGACCCACAACCCGCAGUCCGCCUUUACGAAGCGUGGUCCAGCUUCCUGCCUCCGUUCAUUCGGGACAAUUUCUUUGAUCAGCUAGUGCUGCCGAAGGUCUCAAAGGCGGUGGACACUUGGAACCCUCGCAGCAGCAAGGUGCCCUUGCAGACGCUGGUGUUCCCGUGGCUGCCCCACGUCGGCCUGCGGCUGGACGAAGUCCUCGGCGAUGCGCGGAGGAAGGUCAAGAGCAUGCUCCGGCAUUGGGCAGUCGCCGAGGGUAUGCCAGACGACCUGACUGUUUGGAAAGACGUGUUCGAUGUGGGCGAUUGGGACGCCAUGCUGCUCAAAUACGUCGUACCGAAGCUUGGGAGUCGACUCCGGGAAGACUUCCGCGUCAAUCCGCGCAACCAGGACAUGGUUCCCUUGCAGGACGUCAUGCUGUGGGAGAACCUCCUCAGCCCAUCCGUCAUGUCACGCAUCCUCGAGACCGAAUUCUUCCCGAAGUGGCUCGACGUGCUGCACAUCUGGCUCGUCCAGCCGAGUCCGAGCUUCGAGGAGGUCGCGCGGUGGUACUCGGAAUGGAAGGAAUCGUUCUCCGAGAACGUGCAGAACAUGCCGGGCAUUGCGCAGGGCUUCACCCGCGGACUGCAGCUGAUGAACAAGGCUCUCGAGCUCGGCCCCAAUGCGCCCACGCAGCUGCCCCGGCCGGACCACCGCUCACCCUCCCCUGCACCGAUGGCAGCAGGGAAGCCGAAGGCGCCGAAAAUGCGCCCUGCGCGGACACAAGAGAUCACGUUCCGCUCUAUCGUGGAGGACUAUGCGUCCUCUCACAACCUGUUGUUCAUGCCCGCCGGCCGCGUGCACGAGAAGUCGCGCAUGCCCCUCUUCCGCGUCUCGCCGACGGCAGAUGGCAAAGGCGGGCUACUUGUGUACAUUCAAGACGAUGCCGUGUGGGCUCCUGAUGGUGACGAAUAUCGGGCUAUAUCGCUGGAGAACAUGGUUCUCAGGGCGAGAAAGGAGAAGUAGGCACGUACGCUGUAUACCAUGGACCACAUAAUGCUGUAACAUUAAGCCCAUGCUAGAGCUUGUUGUAUUCUGAGCUGUGAUGUUGCCCCUGCUAACCGAUGCAACAUGCUACGGCCUCAGACUCGGGAGGUUUGCUACACAUGCAUGUGCCGAAUCUGAAUGGCGCAGACAAACGAAGUCGGAGAUUCGAGGCGCAUGAAGUGUUGCACAGGCUCAAAGUCUUCAGGAUUAAAAGGCUAGAGUCCGAGUCCGAAGCUGGUGCUAAGCGCCGUGAGCCUGAGACCGAACGCGGAAAGCCCGCGGGCGACGGUGCAUCACGUGAUCGCAGUUUGCCUUGCCCUGAAGCUGCCGAAUGCGGAAAGCCAAGUUUUGUAGUCGAG